AUGGGCCUAUCCGGGGGCGCCUCGAGGCAUCGCGCCAUUGGGCGAGCGGCGAAGGUCGGUGCGCUCCCAGCCGCCAGGGCUGUCAGGGGUCGCCCACCAGACACGAGCACAAAUUUAAAGCACUCCGCAUGUCGACGGGAAGCGAACGGUGAGGGAGCGCUCUUCUCUCGGAGUGGCUCGACGGGGGUCGAGGGCGGCAGCGCUUGGCGCCUCUACUGCCUGUGCGACGGGCACGCUGGAAGCGCUGCGUCGGAUUAUGUCAGGGCUCACUUGUGGCCGGCCCUCCGCCCCCUCCUGCCGGACGGGCGCCUGCCGGACACCGACUCCGAAGAUUUCCGAAAGUUCGCGGAGGACACGAGGUCUGCUGUGAUCGAGGCUUUCAGGAGAAUCCACGACAGCUACAUAAGUGAACUUGCAGCUACAGAAUCUGGGGCGUUUGUCACGCUGGCCCUGCUGCAUGGCUGGUUCCUGACGGUGGCCAACGUGGGGGACGCGGACGCCGUCCUGGACACCGGCACCGACGCCAUCCUCGCAACAUUCGACCACACCCUGGAGACCAACGAGGUUGAGCGCUGUCGGCUGGCCCGCGCCGGCGUGCUUCUUGCGCGUCUCUCGGCAUGUCUCACGAGGCCCGCAGGAGAGGGGGAGGAGGGUGUGGGGCCGCUGAGGUGCUGGCCCGGUGGGCUGAGAGUUGCAAGGUCUGUGGGAGACGUCGCGGCUGGGGAGCACGUGCUGCCCUAUCCUCACAUCUUCCAGGUUGAUCUUCCAAAGAGUGGCGCGCGGCUAUUGAUGGGAUCCCGAGGACUCUGGGACCUUAUCCACUGGGAAGAUGCCGCCCACAGUGUUCGCAGAACGCCGGUUCAGGGCGCCGCUUCGCGAGCCGUCGCUCUGGCGAUGCUUGAGAACAAUUGGCCGAAGAACAAGGACAUCACUGCACUCGUACUCGAUAUUCUCCCUCCAGAUGGGGCAAGUUUCCCCAAGGCUGUCAAAGCAAAGCUCAAGCGCGAGAGUCUCAAGAGUCGACGUGGGCUGCGCUCUUGCCGAGACAGGGUGUGUCACUGGAUGGGAUGCAAGAUUACCAUUCGUGCUGAUGCCACCUGGAGGUGCGACGACUACAAGAUCUUGGCCAGUGUCGAUGGAUGGAUUGCCAUGAGGGCGACGCUGGAGGGCCGGACAAGUGAGGAGAGGCGAAGGACGUCCGGCACUGGAGAUCGAUGCUCCGUGUCACCAUCGGCAUUCGGGCGGCUGGGCGCAGAGUUGCGAGCGAAGGGAACCUUCCGAGGAGCUUGA